AUGAGCAUCCCCGCCGACGUCUUGGUACACAAGCCGGAAAGCCGCGACUUCCUGGGCUUCAUCGGCUCCGGCUACGCUAUGGACCUCCUCUUGGCCGGCCGGACCGACGAGUUCGUCCUCUUCCUGUGUGCCCACCACUACUAUAUCCACAACCGCGGCAACUGGAUCGCCAGCGAGGUUUUCUACACCACCGGCGCUGGCGGGCUCUUCUGCUGGCCCGCCGCCUUCGGCAUGCCCCUGAUCAUGCGCGCCGCACUCGUCCUGGAGCACCCCGACGACGACGUCUGUUACCUCGCCCGCGUGCUGCCGCGCGCCUGGGUCGCGACGGGCGAUAAGGUCAGCGUCCGCGGAGCGCCGACGCGGUGGGAGCGUUCCUUCGGAGGUCCGCGUCAAGUUGCGCGUUCCGGCUGGAGAAAGCCUUGA